AUGUUUGAUGCGUCUUGGCAUCUUUUAUUUCUAUCUACAGGACAAUAUUGGACGCACAGUUUAUCUGCAGGUGAAUAUCCAGAAUAUCAGUGGAACGAAAGCCACGUUCAACCGGGCAUUCAACCUUAUCUUCCUCAGUUCAUGUUUCCACCACCGCAGGCAUCACAGUUCAGCCAUGAAACAGUCAGAUCAGUAUCACCUCAGCCUGGUCCAAGUUUUUCUUCUUUGGAAACAGCUGCAGCCACGUUCAGUCAGUCGCGUGAAGGCACCGAAGGCGAAUCGAGAGCUCUUGUACGCUGGUCUAGAGCUGAUGUGCUGUUGUUAAUUUCCUGCUAUGUCGAACGCAGAGAACGAUUUAAAGAUAUAAACAAAAAGAACAAGUCCCUGUGGGAAGAAAUCAGCGAAGAAUUAAAGAAGAACGGAGUGUUCUUUAAUGCCAAGGCGUGUGAGACGAAAUUGAAAAAUCUGAAGAGAAGUUAUGUUGCUUGUGUUGGUCACAACAAAGUCAGCGGAAAUGACCGAAAGAAAUGCAACUUCUAUGACGAACUUCACGAAAUAUUUUCGAAAGAUGAUGCCAUCGCUCCAAAAACAUUGUGCAGCAACAUUGAUGGUAAACGGAGCAAAGAUGCAGUCAAGAGUGUUAAAAAUUCCAGUUCCACAUUGAGUUCCACAGGUAGUGACACAGAGGAGCCUGUGGUUACAAAAGCAAAGAAAAAGAAGUUACCAGAGCGGAAGAAAAGAGAAGACCUCGUUGGGCUCUCUUUUAAGGAAUUUACACAAGACAGGAAAGAGGAAGAAAAGGAAAAGAUUAAAAAGUUUGAAAAUAUGCACAAUGAACGCAUGGCACUCAUCGGCCGAUUUUUGAAUGUUUUUGAAAAAUCAUUGAACAAAGAGUAA